AUAAUGGUACUAGUUGUACACAAGGAUAGAUGUUUUUCCCUCCAUGGUGCACUUGGCCCAGCACUUGCUGCUAGCUAAGUUCCCAAAGAUUCUGCUCUGGACUGGACACACCCCUCUCCUCAGCCAGAAAUAAAUCUCUCACGUAACAUGGAUUAGAACCUUGGCAUCCCAGCUGGGCAAGAUCAAAAAAGGCACAAGGGCAAGACUUGGGACAGCUGGAAAGCACUGACUUGGAGAAUCUCUUGGGUGAGAAAAAGUGCUGAGAAAACUCACACUGGGCUCUAAUCCUCACCUGGGAAGCAUCUGCUCUUUCAAGACUUCACAACAGAGGCACUACUGUGGUCUGAAUAAGGGCUUGAGCAGCUGGAAAUAUGUUUCCCCUUCCACGCUUGAACAUCAAAAGGGAGCAGCAUGGACCAAUCCAAGCCAUUGUGAGAGAGAUUCAAGGAGGAGAGGCUCCAGGGUUAGACUUGGGAAAGAAGGUUAGCACUCCUCAGGAUCUGAUGAUGGAGGAGUUGUCCCUGUCUAUAAACAGGGGAUCGAGGCUGUAUCAGCAAAGGCAGAAGAGAGUGCAGCGUUUUGUGCUGGAGCAUCCUACAGGCUACAGAGCUGCCUCAAGCAUGGCAGGUGGAGCAGGAGGAGGCUCACACCCAGAUUACAAAGGAGUGGGAACAACCAAAGGAUGGAAGUCUGCUUACACCGCAGAAGGGAAAGAGAACUAUCAGGAUGAGAUUCACAUGGGGGCUUCCGGAAAGAGAGCACCCCCCAAAGUACCACAAAAAACAGGCAAAGUCUUGCGGAUGAGCAAAGCCCUGAACCCCAGUGCAAUUGCUCCAGGCUAUUCUGGACCACUAAAGGAAGUUCCACCAGAGAAAUUCAACCGAACUGCAAUCCCCAAAGGUUACCAGUCUCCUUGGCGGGAAUUCUUCAGCAAUGCUGAUUACCAGGUAGAUAGGGAGAACCAUAUUCCUGAGCCUCCCAGAAAAGUGAAUAAUUUGGACCUUAGGAACUUCAACAGGACUCCAACACCAUUUGGUGGACCGCUAUUGAACGAUGUAUGCCCUGGGUUUGAUGCAGCUGCAUCUGCUAUAGAUACCGUGAACAGUGUGGCGCUCCUUUCAAAGAGACCCAGUUUCAACAGAGCACCUCAGGGAUGGAUACAGGUUAUGCCUGAAUCAGAGGAUCUGUAGAGACUGUCCCAUAGCUGUAUUGCUUAUCCCAAGAUCAGUACAUGCUUGGUUCCCAGUUUAUUAACGAAUAACUGCCAGAAGAGAGCUUUUUAGCAUAAAAUAGAGAAUCCUGCCCACACAUCACGGAAGAAAACAUAGCAGCUUUGGCUUAUUGCUUAUUGUUAAAUGUUCCUGCCUGGUGCCACUUUGACUACGAACUGUAGUAAACCACGUACUUCAUAUUAGGGUGUGAUUGCUUAAAACAAAACAGGAAGUAAAACCAGUUAUCAAAUCCAAAACAGCAAAAACCCAAAACUUUUAAAAUGAAUGAAUGUAUA